ACCUGUGCGGUCACAUUGAAGUAACCGUAAUGUCUCGUGAAACGAGAGAUUAAAUAACUCGCAGUCAUGUUUUGCAUGACAUCUGUACGUCUCGCUGGGUUCGUUUUGACCAAAUCAAGAUUAAUAUGGCCGACACCUGUGAAUAAAUAUGCGAUAAGUGAAUGUCAGUGUGCUGCGCGUGCACACACCAGCUGCACGAGACAUAAACAGCACGCGCGCUUUGAGGGCAAGAAGAGGGGUGUCAGUCCUGCCUCAUACAGCACUUUGGACCCAGAUGAGGUCAGAAAGUUCCAGGUUCUGGCUGAUAAAUGGUGGGACACUCGAGGUGAAUUCGCUCUUCUCCAUGCCAUGAACGAACUGCGAGUACCUUUCGUCCGUGAUAACCUGUUGACUGUGCAUGGUAGAGGUGAGAUUGGUCGCCCCCUUGCUGGGCUGAAGAUACUGGAUGUGGGCUGUGGUGGAGGGCUGCUCACUGAGCCGUUAGGGCGGUUGGGUGCUGAGGUGUUGGGCAUUGACCCAGUAGAGGUGAGCGUACGGACAGCGGAGCUGCACUCGUCCCUCGAUCCUGCGCUCAAAGGACGCGUGCAGUAUCGCUCAUGUACUCUGGAAGAGCUUACAGAGGAAGAGGGAAACGAAGAAGCGUUCGAUGCAAUCGUGGCCUCAGAAGUGCUUGAACACCUGGCAGAUCUCGACACCUUUGUCCACUGUUGCUACCGCAUUCUGAAGCCGGGCGGGUCUGUCUUUGCCACCACUAUCAGCCGAACUCAGCUCUCCUACAUCUUGGGAAUCGUAAUGGCUGAGAAGGUACUGCGUAUCGUACCAGGAGGAACACACGAGUGGGACAAGUUCAUCACCCCAGUGGAGCUGGAGCGGCUUCUGGAGUCUUCCGGAAUUAUUGUUCAGUCUGUCCGAGGAAUGUUCUAUAGCCCUCUUUCUCGACGUUGGAGUUGGCAGCAGAGCACAGCUGUAAAUUACUCGUUGCACGCAGUCAAACAGAAGGAGGAGCCGCCACAUCAGCCCCCUGCUGAGGACUAGACUUUUAUUCAAAUCAUUACAGUUUUUCGAGUCAAACCGGGACUUGUGAUUGUGCAGAAUAAACAACAGAACACAGUUAUAAAAGUCAAAACCCCAUUUAUUUCUCUCUAUAAUCCCCUGCUACACUAAUGCACUCAUCCCAGUGUUUUACUAGUGCUUGGAUACCAUCAAGUUAGAAAGAUUUCUCAGUACGCCGGAGCUCUGAUCAGACUGCCUGCUUCCCAUCUGAAACGCUGGCCUCCCACAAACUCCUUUAAUGACGCAAACAUGUGGAAAUGGCUUGGCGCAAGGUCAGGACUGUAUAGGGAAUGUGGCAAUAAUUCUCAGCCAAGUUCUGGUAAUGUGCAGGUGGUGUUCAUGAAUGAUUGUAUAUACAGUUCACACAGACAGAUAUGUCUCUUCUGCAAGCUGAUGACAAGUUAUCCAUCGAUUUUCAAGGGUUAGGUGUUCCACUUGCUGAAUGCUGAAUGCUGACUGGAACGCCCGAAGUGGGCUCCAAGCCACCUCAGCUGAGAUCAUCAUUCAUGGAUGUUUUGCCUUUUUAAAAUCGUUUGCACUAUUCAAAUGUUUUAUUGUGGCUAAGAGUCUUAUUACCGUCCUGUGCUUGAACUACAGUUUUCAUAAGGCUAAUUCUAAACAUUUCAUCUUUGCUUGAUUCCAAUGGAAAAUAAAAAAAUAAAACCGAAAUAAAGCAUCUCUUUAUUGAGGAAUAGCAUUUAGGAUAAAGACAAUUAAAUAUUUGAAAGCACCUGUAGGAUAAAAGAAGAACUAAAGCAUUUAACCAGCUCAAAUGCAAAUAUGUUUAAAGUAGUAGUAGUAGUAAUAUUAAUAAUAAUAAUAAAAUAUUUGAGUCAGUGAGGCCAUACAUCCCAUAAUUGCCACACAUAAUAAUCAUGAUACAUCACUGAAUCGAUUUUUACCCUCAACUUCUAACCCUUAACCCUUACCCUGUUUAAGCUGACCGGGUGGCCUGAGCCUAUCCUAAGGAGCUGAAGAUACAAGGCGUAUCGCAGGGCACAGUUACACAAACACACACACACGUUCACACUCUAUUGGAAAUUUGGAAGGACCAAUCAGCUACACAGCAUGUCUUUGGACUGUGCCAUGAAACUAGAGUAUACAGAUGAAACCCUGGAGGUGUUAGGCAACAGUGCUAAGCGAUGAGCCACACUGCCUUAAAAACAGUUGUGAUAAAAUGAAAAACAAAAACUAAUAUUUGUUUUUUUUGUGCCACUCUGAAUAUUUCAGCAGAACACUAGAGAUAUGUUGGUUUACUAAGUUGGUUAAUAAGUUUUACUCUAUUGCUUCUCUUUUGGUGGAGUCGUACCAGUGCUGCAAUAUUUAUGCUUUAAUAUAAUAAUGUUAUUGGUGGUUCUGUGAAGUUUGAUUAAAG